AUGAAAAAAGUUAUCUUUUUAUCUUUAAUUGUUUUUUUAUGUUUAUUACUUUUACCUUCAAAUGAUGCUCAUAUAGUAAAUGAUCCCACAUUACCAGAUUAUAUUGGUUUGGUUAGAGGUGGAAUUUGUAGUAUUCCAGUUUAUGGUGCAGCCAUAGAUUCUUGUUUAUAUUUUGUAUUCAAUUUGUUUUAUCCAAAACAACCAGAAGAACCAAAAGUAACAAUGAAAGAGUUUAACGAAAGGUUGGAAUUUAUUGCAAAAGAUAUGAAAACCUAUACCAAUAAAGUCAUUAAUGCAAGUGUUCUUCAAACAUGCAGAUAUCAAUUUAAAACUUUGAAAAAAUCUUCAGAUAAUUAUAUGGAUAUGCUCAAUAUAUGGAAAAAAGAAUUUGGUGCAACUGGUUUAACUACAGAAGAAACUAAAAACAAUUUACCACCAGUGUUUUAUGUUUUUUUAAGUAAAUUGGAAGAUUGUUUAAUACAAUUUUCAGAUCCAACUCGUAUUAGCCUCUUAGCCAAAUUGUAUAUUGAUACUGCAGUAAUAUACUCAGCACUACUCCGUGAUGCUAAUUAUAAUGGAAUUUCAAUGGGUUUACAUCCAGGAAUUGUAAAUGGAACAAACAAAGAUAUAAUAUUUAGUGCUAAAAUUCGAUUACAUUCACUUGAUGUGUUUUCAAAUUAUAUGAUUAUUUUACCACAAAUAUUAAUUCAAAAUGAUAAUAGAUGUAGAACAAAUUCAAAUGGAAAUUGGCGUUGUGAAGAUAAAUUUCCAGUACCAGAUUGGAGCGGAACUAUUUCACUAUUCUUGUACUCAGAUGUUACAAGAUAUGACCGUGAGGUAGUUUAUAAACCAACCUCGACAUCCUCAACAGGUGAAAGAAUCAGUUGGGAACGUGGAGAUAAUACACAGAAAGGUGAUAGUGGAACAAUUAUUAUUCGUGACUUUGCAGAUGUUGGUAGAAAUAUUAAAAAAGGUGUAGUUUGGACGUUGCCUUAUGAAAGACCUCAACAAUCUUUUGAUUUUUUAACAGGAUGCUAUGGAAUUUACGUUCAAUCUUAUCCCUAUAGAAAGUAUGUUUCAGAUGAUGCUGUUGAUAUAACUUUUGUUGAGACUGAAAAUCAACCAAAUUAUGAUAUAGCCUUCAUUCAAAGCUUUUUGUUAUCCAAGCCAAACAAUCAAGUUAAAAUCAGAAUUUAUUAUUCAUAUCACUUAAAUAAAACCUAUGAAUAUAUACCAAAUAACUUUCAACUAAAAGUAAUAAAAACAAACUCAAAUGGAUAUGAACUUAAUAAAAUUAGAAGAAUUCUUGCCUCUGGAUCUGAUGACCUUUAUUAUUUAAAUAAAACAUACAGUUUUCAUACUCAAGGAUCAAGUAAAAACUUGGUUACUCGUUUAACAUUCCAUCAAAAUAGAAGUUAUCAAUUGUAUGAUAGAUUUGUAUUUGAAACUCCAAAAUUUGAUGUAGGAAAGGAUUUCUCUGUAAUUCUAUUACCAAUCUCAAGAUUUUCAAUCCAUUUAUUUUCUAUAGAAGUUAUAUCUGAUAAAUAA